AAAACCCUCAAUAAUCGUACGCUCUCUGCCUCUCUGUUUUCUCUCACGACUCACGCACGCUCUGUUGCUCUCGUCCUCUCUCUGCUCUCCAGCCUCUCCUUCAUUCGAAGCUCUCUCUCUGUUCGUGCCUCUCUCUUUAGCCUCUCCUUCAGUUGGCUGUGUCACAACCUCUCUCUGCUCGUGCCUCUCCUCUCCAUCGAACUGAUCGAAGCUCUCUGCCUCAGUGCCUCUCAACUGCACGCACGCGACGACCGACGAGGGUUUGGGACGGUUUUCUGAUUUCUCAGUCACUCAAAGUCAAAAGGUAUAUGGAGGCAAAUGCAACAUCGCAUUGUGAUAAUGAGGAUCAAGAUGAAUAUGUUUUGCUUGACUUGGAUGGUGUUUCUGACCUACUUGACAUUCCACCAAAUGCAAACUAUGUUCUAACUGGCCUUGAUACUUUAAACCCAGUAUUGAUCAUUGAUGACAGAUUUAAGCUGGUGUUUGAAGAAGAAGUCAGAACAAAGAGACACUUACAAUCAGCCAUGGAGUCCCAAAUUCCAGAAAUCCCCAAUUCAUAUCAGCCAUGGACUCCCAAAUCCCAGAAAUCCCCAAUUACGAUUACAGAACUUUCGCAGCGCAAGGAUUAUUCAUCGCUCGAAAGGAGGGUGGAGUGAAAUAGAGCUUUGGUCCACUGGAACGCUGCGAGGUUGGAGUUGGCAAAAACGUCGUUGGGGACCCUGGCAGACGGCGAGAAGAUUGUUCAGAGAAAAAACAACAGAGAAGAGGCAGAGUACAAGAGGGAGGAGAAACAGAGGGAAUAGGUCACGUGAGUUGUUUAAAGGGAAGUUUAAUCUCAACCUUAUAUUUUAAUCUAAGAGUUAUUAAUUAUUCCUCUUAUCUCACCAUAAACCACACCUAUCACCUGAUAUGCCCCCUAUAUAUAUAUAUAUAUAUAUAUAUUUCUUUGAUACUAUGUAUAGGAUUAGCCAGAUAAUUAUAAUGCUGUAUUUCAAAUGAAGUUCCAGCAAUGAAAAGUUGCUUUUAUCUGUUUUCAUUAUUCUUCUUCCAUUUGAUAAUUUGAAAUUUUUAAGAUGGGGAUUCAAGUUACUUCAAUUCUGUUUUUCCAUUCUCUGAAUGGAUGAUGGUCUUGUAAGGUUUAUUAUGGUUUGUUGUUGUCUACAGAUCGGGGAGUAUGAGGAGACAAUUGGCACGAGUAUUGCCUUUACAGAACAA